GAGGGAGCAGGGGGCUGAGCUGAUCCCACGUGUGACGCUUUCAUUCCCGGCUCAGUAAUAUUCUCAUAGCGGGGCUUUGCAUAUCUCCAGCCCGUAUCUGUGUGUGUCCGUCACUGUUACUGUAGUCCCAGCCGAUAGUUUUUUGGAAUAGACAUGGAAGGAGACGGGAGUCAAGCCACAUCCGGAAGCCUGAGCGACUCCCAGCAUGACCCGGGUAAAAUGUUUAUCGGUGGCCUCAGCUGGCAGACCUCGCCAGACAGCCUUAGAGACUAUUUUAGUAAAUUCGGAGAAAUAAGAGAAUGUAUGGUGAUGAGAGACCCCACGACGAAACGCUCAAGAGGAUUUGGGUUUGUUACGUUUACAGACGCCGCCAGUGUAGAUAAAGUCUUAGCUCAACAACACCACGAAUUAGACUCAAAGACGAUUGAUCCUAAGGUUGCCUUUCCCCGUCGCGCCCAGCCUAAGAUGGUCACAAGAACAAAGAAAAUAUUUGUGGGCGGCUUGUCAGCCAACACAGUAGUGGAAGACGUGAAGCAGUAUUUUGAACAGUUCGGGAAGGUUGACGACGCCAUGCUUAUGUUCGACAAGACUACCAACAGACAUAGAGGAUUUGGUUUCAUAACUUUUGAGAGUGAAGACAUCGUAGAGAAAGUCUGUGAAAUUCAUUUUCAUGAAAUCAAUAACAAAAUGGUAGAAUGUAAGAAGGCCCAGCCCAAGGAGGUGAUGUUCCCACCAGGUACACGAGGGCGAGCCAGGGGUCUGCCCUACACCAUGGAUGCCUUCAUGCUGGGGAUGGGCAUGCUGAGUUACCCUAACAUUGUGGCGACGUACGGCCGCGGAUACACUGGAUUCGCACCCAGCUACAGCUACCAGUUCCCCGGCUUCCCAGCGACAGCGUACGGACCGGUGGCGGCGGCAGCGGUAGCAGCAGCGCGUGGCUCAGGUAGGGGGGCCCGUGGAAGAGGCGGCUACUUGGCGUACCCACAGAGCACAGGGCCAGGCCUGCCCGAUUAUGGGUUUUACUCUACGCCCAGUGACCAGAGGGGGGGGCCCUGCUCCUUUGCUGACUAUGGCUCCCUGGGGCCCCAAGCGGCUCAGAUGCUGCACAGUGAGCAUGCCACCUCCGCCUGCAACUCCCCCCUCCAGCACCUACACAGCCCGGAUCAGUUUAAGAACCAAGGCGCCAACCCGUCCAGGCCCGGAGGUUUUCCUGGUGCUAACAGCCCAGGGCCCGUGGCCGACCUGUACGGACCUGGCAGCCAGGACUCAGCUGUGGGCAACUACAUCAGUGCUGCUAGCCCUCAGCCUGGCUCUGGGUUUGGCCCCAGCAUCACCGGCCCGUUGAUUGCAACAGCUUUUACAAAUGGAUACCAUUGAACAGGUGGCGGGUUGCCAUCUCAUCAGAGCAGAGUAUAUCUGGUGGCCCGGGAAAGACAGGACGAAGUUUCUAAUUGGCUUUGUGUGCAGGUGACGCUAAUCCAACUUCAAGCACUACGCUGUCACCCAGGAGAAAAAGAUCGAAAGUGGGAAACCAUACGAAGAAGAAAAGAAAAACGUUAGUCAUCUCAGAAAAAUAACAACUGCUGUACUAUAAUCCAAACCUCCUAUAACUUUACGACCUGGUUUGGUGUGAUGUUUCACGUCAAUCUCAUUCACCUGUUUCCUCCCUCUGUUUUAGCGUUCUGUUUUUUGAUUAGUUUUUAGAGAGUCAUUUUAGUUCGACCUUGAUUUUGUGUCAUUUUAUUUGAUCUCCUGGUAUCUUUGUGUAAAUGAAUUUUGUUUGAAGUGAUGGCGGGGG